ACCAGUGUCAGCCACUAGGUGCUACCACCCUCGCCAGUAUCACAGUGUCAGCCACUAGGUGCUACCACCCUCGCCAGUACCAGUGUCAGCCACUAGGUGCUACCACCCUCGCCAGUAUCACAGUGUCAGCCACGUCAGCUGGUCAUGGCGGCUUCUCUGAGGGAUAAACAGAUCGCAUCACUGCGACGCAUAGUAAAUUUGAACACCGGUGUAGGAAACACCAAUGUGGGAAGUGAAACAACAUUCGCUGUGUUGAUCUACGAUAAACAUGGGCAAGAUAUCAUCUCUCCACUCCUCUCAGUCAAAGAUCUACGUGAAAUGGGCAUCACACUGCACAUGUUACUCCAUAGUGAACGAGGUGAAGUUCCUGAUGUACCUGCCAUAUACUUUUGUCAGCCAACAGAAGAAAAUUUGAUAAGAAUAGGGCAGGAUUUUAAUGAUGGCCUCUACUCUGCGUACUAUCUCAAUUUCAUCUCUCCAAUCAGUCGACAAAAAAUGGAGGAUCUAGCCUUAGCUGCAUUACAAGCUGGAUGCCAAGGAAGUAUUAAGAAAGUAUACGACCAGUAUGUGAAUUUUAUAAGCUUGGAGGAUGAUAUGUUUACACUAAAGCAUCAGAAAUCUGAUACACUGUCUUACUAUGCUAUAAAUCGUGGUGAUGUAAAGGAUUCAGACAUUGACCUCCUCAUGGAUUCAAUUGUUGACAGCCUUUUUUCUGUUUUUGUCAACCUAGGUCAGGUUCCUAUCAUCCGUUGUCAGAGGGGCAAUGCAGCAGAGAGUGUUGGGGAGCGACUAGACAAGAAACUUCGAGAGAACCUGCGUGAUACUCGUAAUUCUUUCUUCACUGGACUAAGCACAGAUUCAUUUGCUGCUGGUCAGCUAAGCUUCCAAAGACCUCUGUUAGUAAUUGUUGACCGCAACGUCGACUUAGCCACUCCACUGCACCACACAUGGACCUAUCAAGCUCUUGCUCAUGAUGUGUUGAACUUGAGCCUCAACCGUGUAACUGUCACAGAACAAGAUGCAGCUCACCCAACCAACAGGACGAAGACAAAAGAAUAUGAUCUCAGUAAUUUAGAUAGCUUCUGGAGGGCUCAUAAGGGCAGUGCAUUCCCUGAUGUUGCAGCAGCUGUAGAGACAGAACUUGAGGAAUACAAAAAGGCUGAGACUCACAUAAAAGGCUUGAAAUCUAACCUACCAGAUGAAGAUGCCAUUGACUUGUUGAGUGACAACACAGCAAAAUUAACUUCAGCAAUAACUUCCUUACCAGAAUUGAUAAAAAAGAAAGCUGAUAUUGACAAGCAUAUGAGCAUUGCCAUGGCCUUGUUGAACAGUAUUAAAUCUAGAAAGUUGGAUGUCUUUUUCGAGAUGGAAGAGAAAAUAAUGGGUCGUAGCACACUGGAGAGGCCUUUAAUGGAGAUUUGGCAACCACUGGAUAAACUGCGUAUCUUCUUGAUAAUGUACCUGUGGUCAAGUAACAUGACAGAUGCAGAGUUUAACGAGUAUGCCACAGCUCUUACAGAAGUUGAGGCCGACACUAAAGCUCUGCUCUACAUGAAGAGGUGGAAGUCAUUGAUGAAGAUGACUGCUGGUGCUGGAAUGUCAGAGUAUACUGGUGGAGUGGCCAAGACAGUCUCCAUGUUUUCCAAGCUCAUGAAUCAAGGAUCUGCUCUGGUCGUAGAAGGUGUCAACUUUGUGCUAAAGGAAAAUAAAUUGCCUAUCACGAGAAUUGUGGACCAUUUAAUGGAACUGAAAAACUGUGAAGAGGAGAAAGAAUACCGGUAUUUUGAUCCUAAGCUGUUACGUCCAAGUGAUGGGACGGGAGCAACACCACGAACUCGCACACCAUUUCAGGAUGCAGUGGUCUUUGUGGUUGGUGGUGGUAACUACAUGGAAUAUAAUAAUCUUGUCAGUUAUGCAAAGAAGAAGGCUGGUACUAGCAACAAAAGAAUAAUUUAUGGGUGCACAGAUGUUGUUAAUGCAGAGCAAUUCCUCACACAGCUCACCAAGCUUGGUGCAGAGAUGUCCUGAGUUGAUAAAACUAUGGUGAAAAUUCCCUUGCCUUCUGAAGCAAAUUAUAUAUAAAUAUCUGCUGAUGUUUAUUGUUGAAUAUACUGUAUAUAUUUUUUCUAUGGAUAUACCGUAAUAUAUUUUAAUUUUUCUUACAUUCCAAGAAUAUAUUUCACCUUGACAGCAUUUCAGAGUACAGUAUGGCCUUGAUUUACAAUGUUUUAACUUAUGAUUGCCUGUGCUUAUGAUAUGGGCACUUUGGAACCACUUAAUGAUCGAAUGCCAUUUUGCAGUUAGUCAGUGCAAAUAUUUAAACGGAAAACAUUUUCAGUAAAUAACUUUUUCUUUGCAAUUUUUUCACCAAAUGCAUUCAUAUUUUGUGUAUGUUUAUUUUAUGUGUAUGUAGAGUUCAUGUUUUUUUGGUAGAGACUGAUAAAUAGCUGUAGAUUCAGUAAUUAUGAUUUUUGUUAAAGCUAAAUUAUAUUACUUUUCCUCUUAUGUUUUCACUAUAGGCAUUUAUAUUUUGUGUAUGUUCAUGUUAUUCUUUUGAUGGUCUUACAUUUGUUUGGAAAGAUUGGUCAAGAGCUGUAGAUAUAAAAACUACACUUUUUGGGGUGUGGUGAGUGUUCAUGUGUAGUAACUGAUCAGUGGGUGAGGGAAUAAAUCUGCUUACACCACCUUUCCUGUCUCUCCCUCCCUCCCAUUCUGGGGAUACAAUAUUUCCCUCACCAUAUGUCAAGGCACCUUGUACCCUUACCAUAACAGUGGGUAGGGCAGAGUGCAUGGCCUGUGUGGUGUCAGAGGUAGAGGAGGGUUGGAGUAGUGUGACUGCAGCUGCUUGUGCAGUAUGUAGUCAGUGGGCGAGGCAGCAACUCCACUUAUACCGCUGCCUUCCCAACCUGUGCACACAGUAUCUACAUCACCAACUGUCCAGACACCUUAUGUUCUUGUAAAUCUAAUAAUAAUGUAACUAAAACUCAAUUAUGGUUUCUAGACAUUUAAGAACACUGUCUUCCCAGGGCUGUAUGUCUAAAUCAUUGUAUUGUUAAAGACCAUGACAGGCAAAAAGUCUCAUUAAUAAAUAUCUCAAUACUGCAUUUGUGUGUUAUAGACAUAUCCAUAUUAAUCACCAUUUUUUUUUUUUUUUCAACAAGUCGGCCGUCUCCCACCGAGGCAGGGUGACCCAAAAAAAGAAAGAAAAUCCCCAAAAAGAAAAUACUUUCAUCAUCAUUCAACACUUUCACCACACUCGCACAUUAUCACUGUUUUUGCAGAGGUGCUCAGAAUACAACAGUCUAGAAGCAUACACACAUAAAGAUACACAACAUAUCCCUCCAAACUGCCAAUAUCCCAAACCCCUCCUUUAAAGUGCAGGCAUUGUACUUCCCAUUUCCAGGACUCAAGUCAGACUAUAUGAAAAUAUAACCGGUUUCCCUGAAUCCCUUCACUAAAUAUUACCCUGCUCACACUCCAACAGAUCGUCAGGUCCCAAGUACCAUUCGUCUCCAUUCACUCCUAUCUAACACGCUCACGCACGCUUGCUGGAAGUCCAAGCCCCUUACCCACAAAACCUCCUUUACCCCCUCUCUCCAACCCUUUCGAGGAUGACCCCUACCCCGCCUUCCUUCCCCUAUAGAUUUAUAUGCUUUCCAUGUCAUUCUACUUUGAUCCAUUCUCUCUAAAUGACCAAACCACCUCAACAACCCCUCUUCUGCCCUCUGACUAAUACUUUUAUUAACUCCACACCUUCUCCUAAUUUCCACACUCCGAAUUUUCUGCAUAUUUACACCACACAUUGCCCUUAAACAGGACAUCUCCACUGCCUCCAACCGUCUCCUCGCUGCUGCAUUUACCACCCAAGCUUCACACCCAUAUAAGAGUGUUGGUACUACUAUACUUUCAUACAUUCCCUUCUUUGCCUCCAUAGAUAACGUUUUUUGACUCCACAUAUACCUCGAUGCACCACUCACCUUUUUUCCCUCAUCAAUUCUAUGAUUAACCUCAUCCUUCAUAAAUCCAUCCGCCGACACGUCAACUCCCAAGUAUCUGAAAACAUUCACUUCUUCCAUACUCCUCCUCCCCAAUUUGAUAUCCAAUUUUUCUUUAUCUAAAUCAUUUGACACCCUCAUCACCUUACUCUUUUCUAUGUUCACUUUCAACUUUCUACCUUUACACACAUUCCCAAACUCAUCCACUAACCUUUGCAAUUUUUCUUUAGAAUCUCCCAUAAGCACAGUAUCAUCAGCAAAAAGUAACUGUGUCAAUUCCCAUUUUGAAUUUGAUUCCCCAUAAUUUAAUCCCACCCCUCUCCCAAACACCCUAGCAUUUACUUCCUUUACAACCCCAUCUAUAAAUAUAUUAAACAACCAUGGUGACAUUACACAUCCCUGUCUAAGACCUACUUUUACCGGGAAGUAGUCUCCCUCUCUUCUACACACCCUAACCUGAGCCUCACCAUUUACUACCAGUUAAUAAUUUUUUUGUCCUUAUAUUCAAUUGUGGCAUCAAUCUGGUAUUUUAUGAUUCAGAAUUUUCUCUAAUAUUAACACUACUGUUUUCUUUUUGAUUAUAAUAAUAAUAACAACACUGUACUGUUGCUGAAGGAUAAAAUUAAUUUUCUUUGAAAUAUAAUCUUUGGAAUGUAUGUUUCGACAUUUGUUGGCUAGAAUGUUUGUCCAUAUUAUAUAUUAUCGUAGUAAAAAAAAUUUUACAUUA